GUAGUAGUCGUUGUGGUUGGAUUGAGUGAGACAGGACUUGACGUAUGACGUGGGACGGUGAAAGUUGGCGUAUUGAGAAUGGAGAAGUUGGCUAAGUCAUUCCUCAACUGCAUUGCUAUUCCGGUCCAAGGAAGUCUCGAGAUGGUUCUGUGCCGGUUUGGGGCUAACCUGGUAAUGCCGUCUAUGCCAUGCAAGCGCUUUCUCGCAGCGAAAGGAUUGAUUGCAAGGCUUGCAAUGAAAGGCCUCUGUAUGAGUGCACGAGGCCAGCUGCUGCUGUUGAAACGCGUCAUUGCUACCGAAAUGGCGAUUGCAGGGGGAGUGUGAGUUGAGUGUAGAUGGUUGUAAAUUUGGAUUCUUGACCAGGCAUAACAGCAGCCGUGAUUUAAGUGCUAAGCUUGGGCUUAAACGAGACGUAGUGAGAGACGUUUGCCGACGCUGUGUAACAAAGGCUUUGUUUGCAUCAACCCAGUGGCGCA